AGUGUCAGAUGGUGGAUAUAAAGAAGAGUUGGAAAGAGGCUCAGAGUCACUGUAGAGACAAAGGCAUGGACCUGGUCAGUGGAGAAGCACAGAUACAAAAAGACAUUUCAUUAAGCAGGGGUGAAAACGUUUGGAUCGGCCUGUUCAGAGAAACCUGGAAGUGGUCAGAUGGGAGCAGUUUUAAUUUCAGAAACUGGGAUCAGCAGAAUCCUGACAAGGGUGAAUGUGCUUUGAUUAAGUCAGAAAAAUGGAAGUCUAAUGACUGUAAAGAAACAAAACCCUUCAUCUGCUAUGAGGAUAAAAUUAAACUGAUAAAACAAAAUAAGACCUGGCAGGAGGCCAUGGAUUACUGCAGAGAGCACCACAACGACCUGAUCUCCAUCACCGACGUGCACCAGCAGAGAUGGGUCCAAGAGAGAGCCAAGAACGCCCAGACUGAGUUCAUCUGGCUGGGGCUGCGCUACACCUGCACCCUGGACAUGUGGUUCUGGGUCACUGGUGAGGACUUCAUCUAUGAUAACUGGGAGUCAUGUCCACCUACUCAGGGGUGUUACUCAGGGGCAGCCAUGAAGACAGACGAAGGGUAUAAGUGGGUCACACGGAGGGAUAAUGAAACGUUUAAUUUCAUUUGUACCUUAUAGAAAGUGUUAAACCCAAAGGAACGCGGUGGGGACACAUUUCAUAUAUCUGGGGUAUUGUUUCUUUGCUACCAAACUAUAUAUGCACAUUCUGCUCUCUGGGUUAAUUGAACAGCAAUAUGACAAUUGUAGAAAUUACUAACAGACAUUGAUUUUAUUUUGCUUCUCAGUAAAAAACAUUUCAUCUUCUUUUCCUUCACAUCUGGUGACGGUUAUAAAAUGUGUGGCACAGAUUUUAUUUACUCUGAUAUUAACGAUAUAUAUUUCUGCAAGUCCAUGUCAAGUAAUAAUAGACUCUUGUGAUUGACCAUGAUCCUCUCUUUCCCCGACUUCAAUUCACUUCAUGUGUGAAACAUCUGAAUAUUUUGAUUCCACAAACAGGUUCGUUUAUUUAAAAUAUCCUGAUUCGUCCUGGAAGCUUUGACUCAGCUUCAGAGUUCACAGUUUCUGAAUCUUGAACCGAGUGGAGGACAAAGGCUGCGUGUGACUGUACUUUGUGUUGUUGAAUAUCAAUAAAGAGUUUGUGAAACCGCGCUGAGACUCUUCUGUGGGUGAAGUGAAUCCUCCCAACACCAGAGGGCCAACUACAACAUUACAUAACAUUUUCAACAUUUUGCUCAUCAUGGAUGAAAAACUCUGAGUCCUGCAGA